CCCAGCCGGGCGGAAUUAGGAUCUCGACCUUGCCGAGCGUUGUCACCCACUCAGCCCCCGCAGAAGUGCCCGGGCAGGUGGCACCAUGGCCUUCUCCCAGGUGCAGUGUCUGGACGACAGCCAUGUGAACUGGCGCUCCAGCGAGUCCAAGCCCGAGUUCUUCUACAGCGAGGAGCAGCGGCUGGCGCUGGAAGCCCUGGUGGCCCGCGGACCCGAGGCCUUCUAUGAGGUGCUGAAGCGGGAGAACAUCCGCGACUUCCUCUCGGAGCUGGAGCUCAAGCGCAUCCUGGAGACCAUCGAGGUGUACGACCCAGGCUCAGAGGACCCUCGGGCCUCGGGCCGCUCCCAGGGGCCCGCGGACAAUGGGGUCGGGGACAAUGGGGUCGGGGACGGCGAGGAAGCCAGCGGGGCAGGUGGGGCCCCCACCGAGGCCGAGCCAUUGCCCUCGCUAGAGUACUGGCCCCAGAAGUCGGACCGCUCCAUCCCACAGCUGGACCUGGGCUGGCCCGACACCAUUGCCUACCGCGGUGUGACCCGGGCCAGCGUCUACAUGCAGCCCCCCAUCGAUGGGCAGCCGCACAUCAAAGAGGUGGUUCGCAAGAUGAUCAGCCAGGCCCAGAAGGUGAUAGCUGUGGUCAUGGACAUGUUCACCGAUGUGGACAUCUUCAAGGACCUCCUGGAUGCUGGCUUCAAGAGGAAGGUGGCCGUGUACAUCAUUGUGGACGAGAGUAACGUCAAGUACUUCCUGCACAUGUGUGAGCGGGCCCACAUGCACCUGGGGCACCUCAAGAAUCUCAGAGUGCGGAGCAGUGGGGGAACUGAGUUCUUCACACGGUCAGCCACCAAGUUCAAAGGCGCCCUGGCCCAGAAGUUCAUGUUCGUGGAUGGAGACCGGGCUGUGUGUGGCUCCUACAGUUUCACGUGGUCAGCCGCGAGGACAGACCGAAAUGUGAUCUCCGUGCUGUCUGGUCAGGUGGUGGAGAUGUUCGACCGGCAGUUCCAGGAGCUGUACCUCAUGUCGCACAGCGUCAGCCUCAAGGACGUCCCCAUGGAGAAGGAGCCUGAGCCAGAGCCCAUCGUGCUGCCUUCUGUGGUCCCGCUGGUGCCCUCAGGCACUGUGGCUAAGAAGCUUGUCAACCCCAAGUACGCACUGGUCAAGGCCAAGAGCGCCGACGAGAUCGCCAAGACCUCCUCGGAGAAGCAGGAGGCCAAGAGGCCCCCGGGGCUGCGGGGCCCGGCACUGGCUGAGCGGCCCGGGGACCUCUCUGAGCUGCCGCCACCCAUCCACCCAGGGCUGCUCAACCUGGAGCGGGCCAACAUGUUUGAAUACCUGCCCACGUGGGUGGAGCCAGACCCAGAGCCUGGCAGUGACAUCCUGGGCUACAUCAACAUCAUCGACCCCAACAUCUGGAACCCCCAGCCCAGUCAGAUGAACCGCAUCAAGAUCCGCGACACGUCCCACGCCAGUGCCCAGCACCAGCUGUGGAAGCAGAGCCAGAACUGUAGCCCUGCCCCAGAGCCGCACCCUCCCCCAGGGCCCAGUGCCCCCCAGGACGGGGUCCUAGCUGAGAAUGGCCUCCCACAGGGGGAACCUGAGACUCAGCCCCCUAUGCCCAAGCCCCGGACAGUCCCUGUGGCCGAUCUACUUGCCCAGGAUGGCAGCGAAAUUGGCUGGGCCCUUGAGACCCCAGAAGAUGAGGCACCCCCGAACAGGACCGAUCACAGGCUGCCCAAGACGGCGGGCCCGGACCAUGCCUCGCUGCAGCAGCAGCUGUCUUUGACCCAGGAACACCCCGACGGCCUGGAGGUGGGGAUCCCCAAUGGGAUAGAUGGGGAGGAGGAGGAGGAGGAUGAUGACGACUUUGUGACCCUCAGUGACCAGGACAGCCUCUCAGGCAGCUCCAGCUGUGGCCCCAGCCCCCGGCGACCCUCAGUGGCCUCUUCCGUGUCGGAUGAGUACUUCGAGGUUAGGGACCGCUCAGCCCCUCUCCGGAGGCGCCACUCAGAGCAGGUGGCCAAUGGGCCAGCACAGCCCCCCCGCCGACAGCUGAGUGCCCCCCACAUAACCCAAGGGACCUUUGGUGGACCCUGGGCUGGCUCCCCAUGGACCCAGGGUCGGGGGAGAGGAGAGGCCGAUGUGUCAAGGAGGACACGGGCCCCACGUUCCAUGGACACAGAGGCACAGGGCCAGCCGUUCCACCAUUAUGGGGUCCCUGCCUCUGGGACCAGGGAUAAGGAUGGCUUCCCGGGACCUCCCCACUACCGCCGUGCUGCUGAUGGUGUCCGGAGCUCUACCAGGAAAGUGGGCCCGGCUGCAGCAGGCCCCCAUCACUGGCAGACCAAGGGUGGCCCUGUACCCCGUGUGCUGGCAGACCCUGGGAGCCCACGGCCGGCCCGAAAGGUCCGCCCCCUGGCCCACGGCAGGGCCACUGAGGAGCAUAUGAGUCCCUUCGGAAUCCCGUACUCCAAACUGUCUCAGUCGAAGCACCUAAAAGCCAGGACAGGCGGUGGCCAGUGGGCCUCGUCUGAUUCCAAACGGAGGGCUACGGCCCCCCGGGACCACAAGGACCCCUAGCAGCCCAUCCCAGCCUGGAGCCACGCCUCCCGAGGACUCUGCCCCACCCGGACUCGAGAUGCAGAUGGCAGAUGGCUGCCUGCACCCACCACGGCCCCCUGGAUGGCAGAAGGUGGGGUGGGCAGGUGACAUCGGCGCUCACCUGGUCGGUGCACCAGUACCAGGUGGCUAUGAUGGUCAGGCCAAAGGUCAUUCCAGUCCACGGGAGGUCCCCUGUGUAGGGGUCUUGGAACAUGUGCAUGGCGUCUGCACGAGGCAGGUGGCAGGUGGUGUUGGCAAUGGUCCUAGAGGG